UCAAUGGAUUAUUUUGCUCAAAUAAAUUCAGAUCUUACAUUUUCCUUACACAACGCAGGUAGUGAAACGUCGUAUCCUAUCGCUGGAUUUACUCAUUUUAUUGCAUACAAGACAUCAAUGUCAAGCUGUGUAUCUGCAAGAGAAUUUAUAAGAUAUAUAGACUGGUUCAUGACAGAUUCCGAACAACGCAAAGUUUGUAUUUCCUAUGGUAUGGCACCAUUGAGUACCAGUAUGGUGGCGAGAAUCACUGAAAAAGUCCUUAAAGAGUUUACGUGCCAAAGUCAAUCUGUUUGGGAUAUGAUGAAAGCUAAUAUUGCAGCAGAAAAUAAGCAGCCAGUGACAUGGAUAGUCCCUGUAGCUGUUUCAGUACCAUUGUUUAUAUUUGUUGUUCUAAGUUUUUCUAGUUAUAUAUGCUUUCAAAGGAUCAAAUUCUAUAGAAAAAUCAACAAUGAUGACUGGUUUAUCCCGAUUGAAGAUGUAAUAUUUUUUUAUGACCAGAAGGUUUUGAAUUCACUUCAGUCUAAGUUCAUUAGCGGAAAGUCAAUAUUUUCUCUUAAUUCUUCAACACAGGCAUCAGAGUGUCCAGAUUUAAUUCAACAAGUUUUACAGUGGCCAGGGAAAUGGAAUAGCGAAACAGUCGGAUUACGUUUAUUACAAGUACAACAAUUAAAAAAAAUAACUCGACCUAUGAAGGCGAGAAUGUUGGUUAUGAAAGAUAGGUUUUUUCAUAAUAAUAUAGUAAGAUUCUUUGGAUUGACGGAGCUAGACUCUGAUCAUUAUAUUAUCAGCGAAUAUUGUGGUAAAGGUCAGCUAAUCGAUCUUUUACAAAACGAGAAAUUUAACAUGAGUAAACAACUUAAAUUAUCUAUAUCGGUUGACAUUGCUAGUGGAAUGCAUUACUUACAUUCUAAAAAUAUAAUCCACGGAAAUUUCAGGUCGACAAAGUGCCUUAUUGAUUCAAAGUGGACAGUUAAAAUAUGUGAUUGGGAAUACAACUCUUUGAUCAUAUGUCAAGAUGAAAAAAGGAAUUCUUUACACGCACUUCGCAAAAAUAACCGUGUGGAGGAAACAACCUUUGCAAUAAAAUAUCAAGAAUUUUGGGUUGCACCAGAGAUAAUUCGACUGGAAUAUAAAUGCAACCCUACAACUGCAUCUGAUGUCUAUAGCUUCGCUAUCAUAUUACAAGAAAUUUAUACGAGAGAGGAUCCUUAUUCGGAACUCGCCGAUUUAAUGUCCCCGGAAGAUGUAGUCAACGCUGUUGUUCAGAUUGGAGGUAUUCGUCCGAAACCUAUCGACGAUAUGCCCAUCAGUGUUCGUCAGUGUAUGGAGAUCGCCUGGGGGCAUUCUCCUGAGGAUAGACCCUCCUUUGAACAGAUUUUGAAAAUGCUAAAAAGAUCCAGUCCGACUACUAAAUCUGUUUUGGAUUCUAUGAUGGAAACAAUAGAGGAAUACACGGUUCUUCUAGAGGAAAAAAUUGACGAAAAGACCGUCGAGCAUAACAUGACAAUACAACAUUUACAACACAUCUUAACUACAUACCUCCCGAAACCAAUAAUACAUUCUCUGACAAAUGGUAAAACACUUGGGGUUAGACGAAUAGGACCCGUUGGUUUAAUAUACAUUGAUGUGAGAAAUUUUCAUUAUCUGAUUGCAGGAAUGAAGAAAAUAAAUAACAAAAUAAAAAGUAUAGAAAAUUUUCAUUCUAGAUUCAAAGUUCUAGCUGAGGAAUUUUCAGCAUUUAUUUACAGUAUUAGUUUCGAUUCUGUUGUGUUCAUACUUGGCAUGGAUUGUGCUGAAAAUGGAGCUAACUCCAUACCAUGUGAAACGGCAAAUAUGUGUCUUCAAUUGAACAAAAUUAUCCAAAAUGAUAUACGGCCGAAAGAUUUGAAAUACUCAAUAUGUGCUACUUUGGAAGUUUUACAUGAAAAAGUUUUAGAUAAAAGCGGGCGUUACCAGAUUUUCGGAAGUGCAUUAGAAAAGGUGACUACCAUUUCAAAGGCUGCGAAACAUUUGAGUGUUUUGAUAUCUCUACCUUUAUGUGCUAAAAUUAAAGCAUAUGAUUGCUUCCUGGUGACUGAAGUUAUCGAUUCGCAGUUAAAUGGUCAAAAUGUUUUUCGACUGGAAAGACGAAAUGAGACUAUUAUGGAGGAGGACAUAGAUGUUUUGACUUUAGAUGAAGAUGAUGAACAUGCAGGGUCGGUAGAUUCUGGACUAGAUGUACGAAUAACUAAACUAGAGGAGAGUGUUGAUAAAAAAAUGUAGUUGAAGUGUUCUUGAAGCUGGUCAGUGUUUUAAAUUCGAAAUGGGGAGAUUGGUUAAAACAUGGAUCUGUAAUGUUCAUAUGAUACUGGGCCUUAGAAAUCUAAACAUUUAUAAAACAGAAUUGGGAUAUGAACUACUAAACUUUCGAUCUCAUAAGGGGCUUUUUAUUAAUAUUUUUUUCAUCCGACUUGUAG